AUGAGCAUCACCUUUGACGUAUACCGUGGCUCCAAGGAGGGCAAGAUCGUCGCGGAUAAGACGACCCGUCCCCUUCGCCCGACGGACGUCUACAUCGAAACGACACAUUCCGGUCUCUGCGGCACAGACGAGCACUACUUGCAUUCUGGCCAGGUUCUUGGCCACGAGGGCGUCGGGGUUGUUAGACAGGUUGGCGAUGCUGUGACACACGUCCAGGUCGGUGACCGUGUUGGAUUCGGAUACACACAUGAAGUCUGUGGGAUUUGCGAUCACUGCAUCAGCGGCUGGGAUCAAUACUGCGCCAACAAGAAGGAAUACGGAUUCCACAACCACGACCUCGGUUCCUUCAGCCACGGCGUCGUCUGGAAUGCCGGCAACGUCUUCAAGAUCCCGGACGGCUAUGACUCCGCCAACGCGGCGCCCCUGAUGUGCGCCGGUGCCACAGUCUGGACUUGUCUGACCGAAUACGGGCUCCGGCCCACAGACCGGGUCGGUGUCAUGGGCAUCGGUGGUCUGGGCCACCUGGCCAUUAAGCUGGCAGCUGCCAUGGGCUGUCAAGUCGUUGUUCUCUCCAGCUCCGAGCGGAAGCGCGAAGAGGCCAUGCAAUUCGGAGCGUCGGAAUACCAUGUCUUCUCCGCCGGACAGGAGAUGAAGGACUUCAAGCCGUUGAAGCAUCUUUUGCUCUGCGGUAGUGCUAACGUUGACUAUCCAUCUCUCCUUCCUCUCAUGGACGUCCAUGGCACGAUCUAUCCCCUCACUGUUGACUUCAAGCCCUCUGCCGUGCCUCUGCUUUUUAUGUGUGCCAAAGGCAUUCGCAUUCAGGGGUCCCUGGUCGCGUCCCGCAAGAGUCUGAAGUCCCUGCUGCAGUUCGCCGCCGAUAAGAAGAUUGAGCCUACGAUUAUGACGUUCCCCUUGAAUGAGGCCGGUAUCGAGGAGGCUAUGCAGACGUUGAGGGAUGGGAAGAUGAGAUACAGGGGUGUUCUUGUUCGCGAAUAA